AGCAGAGCAGAGCCCAGCCCCGCCCCGCACGCAGAUGGGACCAUGAAUUCCAGCCACCGCUUCAGCCACAUCCCCUCAGGCUCUGUCCAUGGCCCAGGAGGUGGCUGGAGCUGGCCAGGGGGCUUCCCCCGGGCUCCCAGUGUCCACGGGGGUGCUGGGGGGGUCCGCAUCUCCCUUUCAGUCACCUCGCCAAGCUGCCUGUCCCCUGGAGGGUCUUGGGGCUCGGAAGGAGGCAGUUCCCUCCCAGGUGGAAAUGGGAAGGCGAUGAUGCAGAACCUCAACGACCGCUUGGCCUCCUACCUGGACAAGGUGCGCGCCCUGGAGGCAUCCAAUGAGAGGCUGGAGAGCCGCAUCCUGAAAUGGCAUCAACAGAGAGACCCCGGCCGGAAGCAAGAUUAUUCCCAGCAUGAGGAGAACAUCAGCAGCCUGCAAGAGCAGAUAGUGGACGGCAAGCUGAGCAACGCGAGGAUCGUCCUGCUCAUCGACAACGCCAGGAUGGCGGUGGACGACUUCGGCCUCAAGUAUGAAAAUGAGCACUCCUUCAAGAAAGACUUGGAAACUGAAGUUGAGGCUCUCCGGAAGAUCUUGGAUGAUCUGACCAUCGUCACUACAGACCUGGAGCAGGAAGUCGAGGGGAUGAGAAAAGAGCUCAUCCUCAUGAAGAAGCGCCAUGAGCAGAACGUGGAGGAACAGCAUGUGCCAAGUGACUUCAAGGUCAAUGUGAAGAUGGAUAAAACCCCAGGGGAAGAUCUGGUUAAGAUCCUGGAAGAUAUGAGGCAGGAGUAUGAGUUUAUGAUAAAGAAGAAGCAUCGAGAAUUGGAUGCUUGGUAUAAAGAGCAGUCAGCAGCCCUGGCCCAGGAGACUGCCAGUCCAACUGCUGUGCAGAGCACCCAGAGUAACAUCCACGAGCUGAAGCGCACUUUCCAGGCCCUGGAGAUCGACCUGCAGGCCCAGCGUAACAGGAAAUCGGCUCUAGAAAACGUGUUAUCGGAGACCCAGUCUCGGUACUCCUGCCAGCUCCGGGACAUGCAACAGAUCAUCUCCCACUACGAGGAGGAACUGAUGCAGCUGCACUAUGACCUGGAGCAGCAGAACAGCGAACGCAAGGUCCUUCUGGGCAUCAAAACCCACCUGGAGAAGGAAAUCGCCACCUACCGCCAGCUCCUCGAGGGGGAGAGCCAAGGGACAACGGAGGACUCUAAGCUGAGUGCGAAAGCAUCUGCAGUUCCAAAGAUCAAGGCCAUCACACAAGAGAGCGUCGAUGGAAGAAUCGUUUAUUCUCAAGUGAAUGAGAUCCAGAAGUGUGCGUGAGGCCAAUAAAGGUUUCUGCCUGUUGUACAAACUCUUUUUCCGCCAUGGACAGUCCGUGCCCAGACACAAGUGGUGAGUCCCGAGAGGUGCCCUUGGCGUUUUCAAACUCAGCAGCUUGUUUCUCUGGGACACUCUCACCAGACAUUCCACAGUGAUCUCAAUGCACUGCUGCUCUUUUUGAACCAGAAUAUGAGUUCAUGAGCUUAAAGCUUUACUUUCCUACUGCAGUCUUUAGAUUCCCAUCAUUAUGUAUCUGUUUUGUAGCCAAUAAACUUCCAUACCAAC